GAGGUUGGGAAGCCUGUACAAAUAUACACACACACGGUAUAUAUGUACAGACGUAAUGGCGACAUGACGAAAGCUGAUUGAUACCUUUCAACUGUCGCUUCCCGUUUCCAUAGAGAGCGGAGGUCCCUUCUUCUUCUUCUUCUUCUCCUCCAGAAUUUGAUCACGAGCGCUAUUUUUCGAGUGUAUAGCGUUGAUUUCUUGAUUUUUCUGGAGGAAAUUUUUGGAAGUUUUUUUUUCGAGUAGGGUUUUCUUCGUCGAGUUUCCUUGAGCGUGGAGUAGUUCAAUCUCUCGGGUUUUCGCCCUUCUCCAUCUCCGGCUUAUUUUCUGCGCUGUAAAGAUAAACCCUAGUUCGAAAUUCGAGAGUUCGAGAUGCUUUAGGGUUUAGUACAAUGAUUUAAUUUUGGUAGUUUUGGGAUUUCCCUUAUGCUCUGGAAUUGAAUCCGGAUUGUCUGGUUCGGUUGUAUAGCUGUCCGCCUUGGAAAAAAAAAUCUCUCGAAUUUUCUUUAUGAUUGGGUUGAUAUCUUGAUUAGGUUUUGAGGGCUAAGGGAAUUUGAAAAGAUGGCGUACGUUGAUGAUGAUGAUGAGGAAGAGAUUGUUCCUCAGACAGUAUCGAAUUACCAUUUUGAAAAUGAUUACAAAGAACCCGUGUCUAUUGCGGUUCUGCCUGUACAAUGGAGCGAUGAGGAGAGAGUAGAUGGGUCUGCUGUGGAUGUUUUCUUGCGGGGAUUAUCUGAUAAUGGGCUUCAGAGUCUGUAUAAACCUGUUAAGGCGUGGCAAUUCGAUCUUUCGAACUUCAAGCCGGAGAUUUCUGUUCUGACGAGGGACAAUAUUUGGAUUAAGCUUCAGAAGCCGAGGAAAAGCUUCGAGGGUUUGAUCAGAACCAUCUUGAUAACUUUGCAUUCCCUUCAUUUCAUUAGGAGGAAUCCCGAAGCUUCGGGGAAAUCAUUGUGGGAGCAUUUGUUUAAAGCUUUUAGGUCACACGAUGAGAGACUGAGACCGUCUCAGAACGAUUUGGUGGAUCACAUUGAUCUAAUCUCUGAAGCUAUUAAAAGAGAUGCUUCCCUGGUGAGGUCAAAGUUCUUAAAUGCAUUUGUUGAGAAGAAGCCUGCCAAAAAGAGAUUACCUGACGAGGACAAUGCAUGGGAUAUGGUGUCCAAUUUCAUAGUUGAAGAUGACAUGACUGAAGAUGGAGAUGAAGAUGACAUGGAUGAUGAUGAUGACGACUACUUUGAGUCUGUUUGUGCAAUUUGUGACAACGGUGGCGAGCUUUUGUGUUGUGAAGGAAGCUGCUUGAGAUCAUUCCAUGCCACUGCUGAAGAUGGUGAAGAGUCGAUGUGUGAAUCUCUUGGCUUAACCAAGAGGGAAGUGAAAGAGAUCCAGAACUUCUUUUGCAAGAACUGUGAGUAUAAGAUACAUCAGUGUUUUAUUUGCAGAAAGCUAGGCUCCUCUGAUAAAUCUACUGGUGCAGAGGUUUUUCGAUGUGUGUCAGCGACAUGUGUAUACUUUUACCAUCCUCGUUGUGUCGCUAGACGUCUACAUAUAGGAAAUCAAGCUGAGGCUGAAGCGCUAGAGAAAAGAAUCGCUGCAGGAGAGUCAUUUACCUGCCCAUUGCACAAAUGCUGUGUCUGUAAGCAGGGAGAGGUUAAGACCGACCCUAAAUUGCAGUUUGCUGUCUGCCGGCGCUGUCCUAAAUCAUACCACAGAAAAUGCUUGCCACGGGAGAUUGCGUUUGAGGAUAUUGAGGAGGAGGAUAUAGUUACGAGGGCUUGGGAUGGUCUAUUGCAUAAUCGUGUACUCAUAUAUUGCACAGCACAUGAGAUAGAUGAAGACCUCGGCACACCAGUGAGGGAUCAUGUUAAAUUUCCAUUUACUGAAGAGAAGAAGAGUGUAGUAAAAGAACAGAGAAAGGUGUCGGAGUCGCAUGUGGUAAGAGACAAAAUCGGAUCCAGGGUGAAGGAUCAUGUUCCAGCAAAUGCUUCUCAGAGGAAAACUAAUGCAAAACUACAUAGAAAUUUAAUUCCCGCUUCAAGGGAUGGUGCAUCUACCAAGAAGCCAGAAGUAGUUUCUUCUGUUUCGGGCACCAUGGGGAAAGGAAAGAAAGUUGAUCCAUACAAAAAGUCUUUGUUGCUUCAAAAGCGGCCCCGGAAGAUGGAAGUGAAGGAGGUACAUGAAGGUAGCCAAAAACAGGCUUCACUUGGCAUGAAGUUGUUUAACUAUAUGCAGGACACUGAGGCGGAAAAGCCUAUAAGAGUUGUUUCAUCGGAUAACAAGCACAAUAAGCCUGUCUCAAUUGGCCCCAAGGAGCCUGACAGCGAACUACUCACAUUAGAUGCUGACUCUGAAAGGAGGAUCCUUGCUCUAAUGAAAGAAGCCUCUGAAUCAAUAACUUUGGAAGAUAUCGUAAAGAAGCGCAGAGUUCCGUCUACACACACAAGCUCUUUAAAGCAUAUUGUGGAUAAAACAAUUACUUUAGGAAAGGUCGAAGGCUCUGUUGAGGCUGUUAAAGCAGCACUAGCAAAGCUUGUGGAAGGAAAUAACAUUGAGGAUGCAAAAGCAGUGUGUGAGCCUGAGGUUCUGAACCAGAUCUUUAAGUGGAAGGAUAAGCUCAAAAUUUAUCUUGCACCUUUUCUUUAUGGUCCACGGUAUACAUCUUUUGGUCGUCAUUUCACUAAGGUGGACAAACUUCAAGAGAUUGUUGAUAGGCUACAUUUGUAUGCUCAAGACGGUGAUAUGAUUGUCGAUUUCUGCUGUGGUGCUAAUGACUUCAGCUGGUUGAUGAAAGGGAAACUUGAAGAGACAGGAAAGAAGUGUUUGUACAAAAAUUAUGACCUUAUACAAGCCAAGAAUUAUUUCAAUUUUGAGAAGAGAGAUUGGAUGACUGUAAGAAAAGAGGAGUUGCCACCAGGCUCAAGGCUGAUUAUGGGGCUAAAUCCUCCAUUUGGAGUAAAAGCUGCAUUGGCAAACAAGUUUAUUAAUAAGGCUCUUGAGUUUCAGCCAAAGCUUCUCAUCCUUAUCGUUCCGGUAGAGACUGACAGGUUAGACAAAAAGAAGUCACCUUAUGUGCUUGUAUGGGAGGAUAAGCAGUUUCUAUCUGGAAAGUCGUUUUACCUGCCUGGAUCUGUCGGUGACGAAGACAAACAGAUGGACGACUGGAAUCUUGUUUCACCUCCACUUUCUCUCUGGAGUCGUUCUGACUGGGUGGCCAAACACAUGGAAAUAGCUCAGAAGCAUGGCCAUCUAUCUAAUAAUAUGGGGAAGACAAAGUUUGAGAAUGAUGAUCAUGCAGCAAAUGUGUCUACCUAUCCUGUUGAAGAUUCUGCUAUUCUAUGUGAUGGCACUUCUGUGCCGGGGAAUAAUCCUCUCGACAGUUAUGAUGAGAACGCUGUGCUCGCAAACGAUGAUGUCUCUAUGGAAAUAGAUGAACCAGAGGUACCUGACGAAGUUCUUCUUCCUGAGAAAGGUGGUGAUGAAAUUCUAAUCUCCGAGAAAGGUGAAGAAACCCGAGGGGCGAAACCUUGUGGUAAUCAUCAGCCAAAUUAUUUGCCGAGGGAAAAGAAGGAAAAGGGAAAAAUGAAAGGCAACAAAUCCAGAAGAAUGAUGCAUGAGAAGUCAAUUGACUCUAGUAGCUUGUCGCGGAAGAGUAAUAACAAGGAAGAGGAAUCGGGGGAAUCAAACAGGGAAGUUCAGAGCAUUGGGGCAAAAAUGCCUGAAAGGGCAUCUGAUUGGCGGACUUCUGUUAGAUCAUCUUCUGUGGAUGAUAUAUAUGCUGAAAGAUCCCAUGAUUCCAUGGAAGCAUCUAAUGGUGGAACAAGGAGUAGAUGUAACGUGGGAGGGAAUGUUGGAGAAACAGAUAGGGAAGGGAAGAGCAUUAGAGGAAUGUCUGAAAGGACAUUGAAUCGGCAGAUAUCUGCACGAUUUACUCUUGGUGAUAAACAAGGUGCAUCACCCUCGUCUUCCAAUGUGACAGCUCCGAGGUCCCAUGAUCCCUUGGAAGCAUCUCAUUGUGAAACAACUCGAGGAAGAAAGAGCAUCGGAGAGAACGUCAGAGGAUUAGAUGGGGAAGCACAGAGCAGUAGAGGAAUGACUGAAAAGACAUGGAAUAGGCAGAUUUCUGCAAGAUCUUCUAGAGAUGAUAUGUACUCUGUACAUCCAUCAUCCUCCAACGCAAUUCAGAGAGCCUACGAUCCCUUUGAAGCCUCGUAUGGUGGAACCAUGUCCGACUUACAUGAUGUUGUUGGCCAACGAUUGGGUUAUGGUGAAACUUAUGGAGUCCCGGAGAAACGUCCAUCCGAAGCAUAUAUGGGGAAUUUUCCUAACGAGAUGACUGGUCGGAUAUCAUACACUGAACCAGGAAGAGGAAUUAAUGCAAGGGAGCAAAUCCGACGGUAUGGGCAGCAAGCCCCUGAUCUUACUGUCUCGAGAGAUUAUUUGCUAGGGCACAGUGGUCACUUGGACCCCAUCUCAGUAUCUGCUCCAUAUGGCAGUUUAGUAUCUCUGCCCGAAUUGCCAUCGUACAGGAUGAACAACCCACCAGUGAUGCAACAAUACCCGCUGCCACCUCGUAUGGGUGAUCUGAACUACCGGAGGACAAACCCUUUGCAACCUCAGCUGCCACCACCACCGCACCAGCUGGAUGGUAAUGCUAUCUUCGAUCCACGUGGUCCAUUGCCAGGUCCACCUGGUGAACCCGGAGACUAUCUUAUUGAUCCUAUGGGUUUUGCAACUGGUCCUCACCUUCCCUAUACCUUUGGACACUCUGCUGGUUGGAUUAAUGACUAGAUUAUAUGAGCUCUUCUGGCUUUGUUCUAGUGACUUCAGAGAAGGCAGGUUAUAAGUGGAAAUUUGUUGUCCAAUUCUGAACCUUUCCAGAGUGUCCUGCCUUGCUUGGUGGGCAUUGCGCUUUCAGACAUUCAAAUGGGUUCUCAAAUCACACGACCAAAUGGGAUUUGGCUGAUAAAGUUGUCACCUUUGGCUUUUUUGUUGAAUGCAUUUGAAUACAAAAAACCAGUUCCCCAUGGAUUAUCUUGUUCUCUUUGUUAUUGAUUCCCUGCAUAUUUA